AGCGGCUCAAGUGAUUUGCGGCGCAAAGCGAGCGGUGACUAGAGCAGUGAUGCCUUUAGAGGUCAAAACUAUAUUGCGUACACCCUUCUAUGAUGAUGUGCCGCGUGCUUUCGUACGCAGCGGUGAAAAUAUCAGCGAUUCUACGCUUUUUGGACCGUACGCGCAGACCAUUUGGAAUUUCGCCAACAGACACCAAAUGUUUUUGGAAAUUAAUCGUGAUUUAAGUGAAAACUACUCGGAGACCUACGAACGCAUACAUAACGGCGAGUAUAAUCUGGCGAUGAAUGGCGCAACGCUGGUCAAUCAUUUCAAGUUUAAUGUACAAUUUAGUUAUCCGCUUUAUUGGGUGAAGAACUGUAUAAUGGUACCGCUGGAGGAUGAGUUGCCAAAGUAUUGGUACAUAGUAUGGCCUUUCGGACGUUACAUUUAUGCGUGUCUACUCUUUGGCAUCUUCUACAUAGCCAUACUUAUGCGUUACAUCGAAUAUCCAACCAACGCGACGAAGCCCACACGUUCGAUCACACGUAACAUACUGCACAGCAGCGCGAUCAUAAUGUUUAGCUCGAAUAUGAAUGUACAGCUGAAGAAUGCACACACACGCGUACUCUUCUUCUACAUGCUACUCUUCGUUUUCGGCUUCAUAUUGGCCGCCUAUCAUGCACCUUAUUUGACCGCCUAUAAUAUGAAGCCCGUUUUUGUGCCGCCCAUUAACACAGUUGACGAUCUACUGAGCGCUAAUAUUAACGUAUUGAUCACAUUGACUGACUUUGCGGAGAUCAAACAUAAUAGUGUUGAGCACAUACUCGCGUUGUCGCGCCUAUUGCGUGAGGUGCCAUGACAGGAGUUUCAGGAUGUUUUAGACAAAUUAAAUCGCCAUUACGCCUAUGUGGUAACAGAGGAUCAAUGGAAUUUUCUAAAUCGCCAACAGCGCAUACUAAUCCAACCGUAUUUUCAUCUCUCGAAAAUCUGUUUUGGCACCGUCUUCAAGGCUAUACCGUUGCAACGCGAUGCCGUUUGGUUGGAGACGCUCAAUUUGUUCAUUUUAAUUGUACGCGAGUCGGGUCUUUGGGGUCAAUGGGAGGAGCGCGCAUUCAAUGAAGCAGUACGUGCAAAAUAUGCACAAAUAUUUACCGACACCUAUCCGGUAGAAUCUUUAAAUUUGCGUUUCUUUACAAUUGCGUGGAUCGUUUUGGCUUCAGGUCUGCUCUUAAGCUCAUUGGUAUUCGCCAUAGAAUAUUACGUUCAUAAACAUUACAGCGUGAAACAGUUGGAAUACCAUCGUUUCAUGUAUUAGUAGCGCCUUGACGAGUUACAAUAUUAUUUUUUUAUAAUUAAAAGGCAAUGUAAGUUCGAUAAGACUAAAAAAUCAAACAUAAAAUUAUGAGAGUUACUAAUUUAGGCAACUUAAGGCAGUAAUGGAACAGCGAGCAAAACUACGUGGAAGGAAAAAGUAGAGCAGGAAAGAAGUAACUAUUAAUUUUACAUACGCUCUUAUUUUUCCUAUUGUUUCACCGUUGUGAGUCGCUUUAUUUUGCGCUCUGCUAAGUGCUUUGUCUUAUUACUAGUGUGUACUGCUCACACUCAUAUAUUAGUUGAAGAGAGUAUCGUACCAGCAGCGAGCCAAUGAGCGCACAGCGUUGCUCUUCGUUCGACAAAUAACAGUUUACUACAAUAUUCAUCAUUUCAAUAUAAACAAAACAGAUUUAAAGUAAAAAUUAACAUUGAAACAGAAAAUUAUUUAUUAUGACGCAGCCUAAGUAUUUAAGAAAUAAUAUGAUCAUUAGCAUAUAACAAACAGUGUCAUAAUGAGACUGUCUUCACUGACGC